AUGAAGAAAAAAGAGGAUGCUAAACUGGAUCAAGAUCUUCUGUCAGCAUCACAAGGUAGGCAGGAUUUUGAAGAUUUAACCUUUGGAGAUGAUGAAGAGGAUGAUGUUGGUAAUACAACAAUUAAAUCGAAGAAUCUAAGGACGAAAGGUGCUUUGGAUGUAUAUUACGACCGCGUUCCAGCAAAAGGAGUCCAAAGAAAAGAGUUACGUGACAGGGCUUGCACUAAAUUGGCUAGAUGGUUUUAUGAAGCCGAAAUACCAUUUAAUGCUGCUAAGCACGAAAGCUUUAAGAUUGCCAUUGAAUCUGUUGGACAGUAUGGUCCUGGUAUGAAGCCACCGAGUUAUCAAGAACUGAGAGUGCCUUUGCUGAAGAAAGAAGUUGAGAUGAAUUCGCCAAAAGGUUCAAUUUUCAUCAAGUCUGUCGAUGUGUCUGACAUUGUAAAAGAUGCAAACGCUCUGGUAGCAAUGUUCGAAGAGAUGAUUGAUUAUGUUGGAGAGAAGAAUAUGAUCCAAAUCGUGACGGAUAAUGCCUCCAAUUACAAGAAAGCUGGAAUGACGCUGCAAGUAAGGAUACCCUCACUGUUUUGGUCUCCAUGUGCAGCACAUUGCAUCGAUUUGAUGCUUGAAGAUAUUGGUAAAAUAUCGCUUAUCAAUGGUGUGAUCAAAAAGUCAAUAGCUUUGACCGGUUAUAUUUACAGUAAGAUGGGCGUGCUGAACAUGAUGAUAAGAUAUACGAAUAAGAGAGAGUUACUUAGGCCGACAGUCACUAGAUUUGCUACUUCCUUCAUCACUUUGAGGUCCAUCCAUAACCAGCGGCAGGAUAUCAUAAAAAUGUUCACCAGUGAUGAAUGGACUACUAGUCAGUGGUACAAAGAGGCAUCCGAAAAACAGGCAACUACUACUGUGUUGAAUGAUGCUUAUUGGAGACAUAUUGUCCAUGCACUCAAAUUGGGUUCUCCUCUUAUUGAGGUGUUGAGAAUGGUUGAUGCUUAG